CUCGCAGACAUACGAUGGUGAAAAAGCCGCAUUCAGCCAUUUUUUUCAAAACAGACAGCAGUCUAGCGAAUAACGUUUAGCUGGGCUUCGCAUAGUUAGCAGCCAGCUUUAGCGCACUAGUCGUGUGGCUUGGUUACAAAAUACGCUUUUAUUCCAGCUGUUAGCGGACUUUGCUUGCAGUUUAUUGUGUCUGAUUUCAUCUCGGCGUCUGCCUGCUCUUCUGAAUAUUCGGAUUUAAAAGCAUACAUACUAAAAAUAAUUAUAAUUUUCAUGCCCGAUUUGGAGCGCUUCAAGCUGACCCAUACAAUGAAUCCUUUAUUAAGUGCCAACGUCUUUCUGCUCCAGCAACAGCAACAACAGCUUCAGCAACAGCAGCAGGCGGCCCAGCAGGACUCCUCGGGUCUGCUGCCGGACCCGGCUCAUGGCGCAGGCGAGCCGGGCUUUCUCUUAAGCGAGCACCAGGGCUUUGCGGCCGACUCCCUCCCGGGGCUCGAUUUGAGCUCCCUGCCGCCCGGGCUCGCUUACUUCCACCUCAACAACCCCCUCUACCGGCCCCCGCCUCCUCCCCCGGCCAUGGCCCUGCGGAACGACCUGGGCUCCAACAUCAGCGUCCUGAAAACGCUCAACCUGCGUUUCCGCUGCUUUCUGGCUAAAGUGCACGAACUGGAGCGGCGGAAUAAGAUUUUGGAGAAGCAGCUGCAGCAGGCGCUGGAAGCCGGCGGCGGGGGAGGGGGCCUGGGCAACGGAGACGGGAGAAGACCGGAGACCAGGGAGCAAGGCGUCCAGACCGGCUUUGUCGGGCCCAUCUCGUUCCGACCCGGCUUGCUCAACUUCCCCAACUCCAACAGCUCGGUCUACCGGGGCCCGAGCGUCUUUACCCCAAGUCUGACCACGGUGCUGACCCUGGAGCCCACGAACCUGAACCCGGACUCGAACUCGAACCCCGAUCCGAACUCCAGGUCGACCUCUGCGGCCGACGGGGCCAACGCCAACACCACUACCACCAGCACCACCAGCAGCAGCAGCAGCAGCACCGGCACCAGUACAGGGACUAGCUGCGGCGUCAACUCCACCACCAACCCGCCGCCCCGGUUCUUGCCCGGGACAAUCUGGUCCUACAACCACACUCGCAAAGUUGGCCCGGGUCUGGAAACCCGGGUCACCGGCCCAGGCGUGUCCUGGGUCCACCCGGACGGAGUCGGGGUUCAAAUCGAUACUAUAACACCCGAGAUCCGUGCCCUGUACAACGUGCUGGCUAAAGUGAAGCGAGAGAGGGACGAGUACAAGCGAAGGUGGGAAGAGGAAUACACAGUGAGAAUGGAGAUGCAGGAGAGAGUCAAUGAGCUACAGGAGGACCUCCAGGAGAGCGAGGCGUGUCAGGACGAGCUGGCCCUCCGUGUUCAGCAGCUGAAGGCUGAGCUGGUCGUCUUCAAGGGGCUGAUGAGCAACAAUCUCUCGGAGUUGGACAGCAAGAUCCAGGAGAAAGCCAUGAAGGUGGACAUGGACAUCUGCCGGCGGAUCGACAUCACGGCCCGGCUGUGCGACGUCGCCCAGCAGAGGAACUGCGAGGACAUGAUCAAGAUCUUCCAGGUCUCCACCCCCCCAUCGACUGUUAACCGCCGCCCCAGAAGGCAGGCCCCCGCCCCCACCACCGCCGAGAUGGACGAACCAGUCAGCUUAUCCGAGAGCGAGGUGGGCGGGGCCAAGGACGAUGAGUACGGCACCUCCUCGGCCAAUCAGAUCAACGAGGAAAUGCAGCGGAUGCUGAACCAGCUGAGGGAGUGUGAGUUCGAGGAUGACUGCGACAGCCUGGCCUGGGAAGAGACCGAGGAGACCCUCCUGCUGUGGGAAGAUUUCCCUGGUUACACCCUGGGGACCGAGACACAGGGGGAGCAGGAGGAGUGUCUGGAAAAGGUGAUUAAGGACACGGAGUCUCUCUUCAAGUCCAGAGAGAGGGAGUAUCAGGAGACCAUUGACCAGAUAGAGCUGGAGUUGGCCAAUGCCAAGAGCGACAUGAACAGACACCUGCAUGAGUACAUGGAGAUGUGCAGCAUGAAGAGAGGCCUGGAUGUCCAGAUGGAGACCUGCCGUCGGCUCAUCACGCAGUCUGGGGACAGAAAGUCUCCCUCCCUUGUGUCCGUGGCCAGUGAGGAGAGCGAGGACUCGGAGAGAGAGAAGAGGAGAGCCCCCCCCCCUGGAGAUGGGAGCCUAUAGGGGCUGUUAUGCCCAAAACUCAUCUCAUUAGCCAUAAUUAAAAGUUCAUCUCGAUAGGAGAGGAGAAUGUGAUGUGUGUCUAAAGAGACCAAGUGUUACACUAAGCUGUCUGUGUAUAGAGAAAUUAAUACAGACCCUAACAUAGACCCUAGAGAUACACCUAACAGAUUAACACAGACUUUAACAUAGACCCUAGAGAGACACCUUAUGUAGAGAUUAACACAAAUCCAGGCAGACUUGAAGCAGUGAUUAACAAAGACUCAAGACACACAUAGGAAUAAUUAUAUAUCUUUGUGGGUAUAACUGAUCAUGGCUUCUCAAAGAAUCUGUACAUACAAUUCUUAAAGGAACAAAAUCUAGCUUGUCCAAAAAAUCAGUUUUGAUUGAACAUUUCAGAACUGGGUGAGCUAUAAUGCAGUAGAAUGUGGGAGGACAGUUUGUCAAUGCAUUUGCUUCCACUUGUACAUUGUAAAUAUUAUCUACAGGCCUUUCUGUCCUUUGGCAUUAAGGCACUAGCUUAUAUUCCUCUGCUCUGUUCUGUGUUCUCUCUCACUGUAUUACUCCAUCUCUGUGUCUGUGAUCACCUGUUAAACACACUAUCAGGACAGGAGACAGUGUGAGAAAGGAGAUCACAGAUAAUCCCUCAGUAAUAAACACACACAGCAGGACAGGAGACACCAUGAGAGGAGAGGACAUCCUUCAUAAGUAAACCCACACAGCAGGACAGGAGACACAGUGAGAGGAGAGGAGAUCACAGAGAAUCCUUCAGUAGUAAACCCACACAACUGGACAGGAGACACAGUGAGAGGAGAGGAGAUCACAGAGAAUCUUUCAGUAAUAAACACACACAACGAGACAGGAGACACAGGAAGUGAAGAUAACAGAAUCCCCAAGCAAUAAACAAGACAGAACAGCAAAGGCAAUGAGUGUAGUAAUUUAAACUUGGUCUAAUUGGUUAAUCUGCAUUUUGUAAAACAUACCUCAAUCAUAGAGAGAUUAACGCAAAUGUUGAUAACUUUACAAUACCUGAAAAAAAGCUGUGGUUACUAUAUCCAGUCAAUUCUGGCGUAAUCCUAUGGUUUUACCUUUAUGUUUGAACCAUUUAAAGAUGGUUUAAGAUGUACCUUAUUGGUACAGCCUUGUAUCUAAAUUAGCUGGGGCCUGUUUGCAGAUCAUGCAGGGCCCCACGCAGAUGCUCACAGAGAAUGUGAGCAUAUGAACUUUCGGGGUGGGGAGCAGUUGUAGAAAAGUGGUCAAUGUCGCUGUGCAUGGAUGGCUUAUUUUGGUUUGGCAGCACAGUUAGUAGGUGCUGCGAUCUCCUUCAACACGAUUUCCAGACUUCUGUCAUUUAGGUGUUCUCUGUAACGCUGCUCACAGGCUUUUAUAAGAUAAUGUGGUGCUGCUAUCUACUAAUACCCAGUUCGCAGGCUUUUAGAAUGGAAUAUGGUGUAGGGGUACUAUUUAAAUGUUGUUUAAAGGCUUUUAGAGAUCUGGUGUAUUUCUGUGCAAAGAUCAAGAUGUUUUUGUUUGCAGUCGCUGCCACCUCGUGGGCAUUCCUGGCAUUGCAUGUGCAUUUAAAAUGGAGCACAGAUGGGAGACUCCCGAGUGGAGUCUCCCAUCGGUGCUUUGGUAAAGAAAAUCAGUUUGGGGGUUGAAGGAGACAGUCGAUCUCUCCCGUGGUCCGCUGCAAGUACAUCCCGAUGAUUGUCUGACCAUGGCAAUACUUGAAUUUUUUUUUUUAACAAUGUGUAUAUGUGUAUAAAUAUGUAUAAAUAUUUCUCUCCCUAUGUAAUGUAAAGUAACGGGUACAGGGAGAGAGAGAGCUCCGUAGCUUAUUUACAAGCUUCCAAAAGGAACUGGCGUUUCUUUGUGAAAGUGUGAGGCUCGGAUAUUAUCACAACGCUACGACGGACAGACCGACAGGCUAGGGAGACGGUGAAGGGACUUUGUCAGGAUGAAGUGCGAGGAGUUGGACAGGCCAGUCCGCGUGAGGAAUCCGGGCUGGGAGGGAUGGACCGACGGCCGUAUCCAGAGGGCGAGAGGCUGGCACGGAGGAGGCAGACGGCGAGGAGACUGCUGGACGCUACCGAUAAAGGCCGAGACGCUGAUGGGGGAGGAAUAGAGACUGAGGGGGCAGGCACGGCCAGCGUGGGGGAGGGAAGGAGCCAGACGCUGACAGAGACACAGAUUCCAACACGGAGCUGGACUGGCAAGGCCGAUGAACUACAUUUAGCGAAACGCGUACAACGAAAAAAUAGUGCUCGUUUUACGACGUCGGGGCCAGAUUUUGGGGUGCGUAGGCCCUGGGCACUUUCACUCCGCAGUGUGCAAAACGAGGGGUGAAAGCCACUUGAAUGACGUCGAUUGACAUGAUGCAGUUCAAACUAUUCGAAUGCUAAACCACGUGAUAUUUCUAGUUCCUAGAACAGCCACUCGAUGGCGGACGAUUAUUGAUGUGGAGCAGCUCGAGUCGAUCGCAGGCGUGUUGUUUCAGCUCGUUUUUCAUUAGUCACUAGUGUUUCCCUCCUUCGUAGGCCCUAAAUAUUUCAUAGGCCCUACGCACUUUGCCAACACUGUGCCUGCAGUGCCUCAUGGGAAAUCCGGCACUGUACAUCGUAAACCGAAUGACUAAUAUUCGAGAGGCCCGCGGUCUGUGUCUCAGGUUGUGACAGGAGACCACACAGUGGGCUGUAGCUCCACUGAGUUUCCUCCCCCAGUAAGAUUAGAAGCUGUUCUGAUUCGGGAAGAUGUGGCAAUUCUGGGAUCGGAUCUGUGAUGUUAGGGAAAAAAUUGUUUUUUUUUCUAAUCCAGGAUUCCAUCUGCUUCUCCCGGGCAGAGAGAAAAGUCAGACAAGCUGAGGGAGUGAGAAUGAGACUGACAGAUUGACAAAGACUGACAGUGACUGACAGCGAGACGGUCUUCUUAUUCAAUAAGAGACAAUGGACUCGUCUAGGACAUUAUAUAUAAACAUCUUGCUUUAAAAAAAAAAAGCUUAAUGCUCAUAUUUUUCAAAGCUAUGCUUGUACAGAAUGCUGUUUGAGAAACUGCACAAAACAAUAUGUAGGUUUAUGAUAAAACAGUAUUAAUCCUCAUAGCCGCGUAUGAUAGUUACAGUUAUGUAGAAACUGAGUAGAUAAGUUUGUGAUUCAGAGAAUGAGAGAGAUUCUCAUAAGGAUAUUAAGCCAUUGAACAUGUCUGGUCUGUUUACCAUAGGAGUCUUCAGCCUGUGUCCCAGAGAGCCCUAAUCUUCCAGCUCCAGGUGUCACAAGGUUCUACAGAUUUCCAGAUCUGUCAGAGUGGUAACUUGAACAGUUAAGGGAACUGUGGUGUUUGGUGUGAAGAUCUUGGGAAACCAGGGUAUCCGCUUCAUGCAGUGUGUUUGGGUGACCUGCUCCAUACUCCCACCACUCUUUGUGUAAAUCUGUAUCUCCAAGAAGUCUAGCCCCCUGGCCCCUUGAGCAAACAUACAGGCUUCAGAGCUGCGUGGCGUUUGUUGUUCCAAAUGAUCGCUGGCUUUGCUGAUGAGGAACAGUUUGAAGUCGCUUAAGACGGGCGAUUUAGCAGUCAGCUAUGGAACAGUCUGCUAGCUCGGGGCUCUCUCGUACAGCAGCUGGGGAUGUUUGGGGAAGUUAACGGCUUUGGAUUGCUGCUCCGUGGCGUGUAAGUUUGUGAAAGGACGCCCGUGCGCCUGCCUCAGAAGGUACGGGCUCGGGCUGAUUGGGUCUUCAUCGCUCUGACAGUGCCACGCAGGUGCCGCAGGUACGACCGGCACUUCUGAGCAGCAGGGGAUCUCUCCUCUGCUGCCGCAUGCUGGAUCACAGCAGUUCCCUAAAAGCAUGCCUCCGUGGAUGGAGCCCCGCAGCUCAAGAUGCAGAGCUGGCUUUUUGAUUGUUAAAAGAUGGGGUGAGGAGUGUGGAGCAGGAGGGUGGGGCAGUCCUGGUCCUGGAGGGAGAUUGUGUCUGCGGGUGGUCCUCGAAACUCGGCGGUUAUGCUCGGAGUUGGCUGGUUGUGGGCUUAACUGGCUCCUCCAAUUUAAGGACCCCUCCAAGCUCUCUCUCUCCACUGCUGGAGCGUGGAGCUUGGAGAGCCCCCUCCAGGACCGGGCACGGCACAGCCCGGGAGGAACUUUUGGCUGCUACCAUACAGCGCGGGUCCUUCGACCGCGUGUUAACUGGAACCAAAAAAAAGGGUUUUCCUGGGUUUUCUUCUUUUUUAAAAAAAAAUUUCAGGCACCGAAAUGCACCCGCCGAGAACGUCUGUACUGUUCUUUGAAGUGUAUGACAAUGGAUAGCUGAACGGCCGGCUUUAUAAAAAACCAAAACAUUAAACAUUACUGUAAGAAUUA